AUCUGUCAAAACAGGCAUGGUUCUAUGUGGUGUUGAUGAAAUUCUUUAGCAUAAAUAAAAUAUUCAAUUUUUAAUGAAAUACUAAUAGUUUAUGGUAUAAAUUUAUCUGAUAUACAAUGGAGUACAUAGCACCAGAAGAUGCCCCAGUCUCUACAAGCACCAGAAUAUUAUGCUGUCAAUGUGCAGUUCCUAUUGAAGCCAAUCCUUCCAAUAUGUGUGUAGCUUGUCUACGUGCUCAUGUCGAUAUUACCGAUGGCAUUCCAAAGCAGGCUACAUUAUUCUUCUGUAGGGGCUGUGAAAGGUACCUUCAACCACCAGCAGAAUGGGUGGUCUGUGCUUUAGAAUCAAGGGAACUCUUGGCUUUAUGCCUAAAAAGGCUCAAAGGCUUGACUAGAGUGAAAUUGGUUGAUGCUGGUUUUGCGUGGACUGAACCACAUUCUAAAAGGAUUAAGGUAAAACUGACAGUACAAGGUGAGGUUAUGGGCGGAGCUGUCUUGCAACAGACCUUCAUUGUGGAAUAUGUUGUCCAACAUCAAAUGUGCGACGCUUGCCACCGCUCUGAGGCACAGGAUUAUUGGCGCGCUUUGGUUCAAGUCAGACAACGCGCUAGCAACAGGAAAACAUUCUACUACUUGGAGCAGUUGAUAUUGAAACAUAAGGCACAUGCUAAUACACUUGGCAUUAAACCGAAGCAUGAUGGGCUAGACUUCUUCUACGCAUCAGAAAAUCACGCUCGCAAAAUGGUGGACUUCAUUCAAUCAGUACUGCCAAUAAAGUGUCAACACUCAAAGAAGUUGAUCUCGCACGACAUACACAGCAACGUGUAUAAUUACAAGUUCACAUACAGUAUUGAGAUUGUGCCUUUGUCUAAAGACAGUGUAGUCUGUUUGCCGAAGAAGUUGACGCAUCAACUAGGAUCUAUAUCACCUAUAUGUCUCGUUCAGAGAGUUACGAGCACAAUACAUUUGAUUGAUGCAAAUUCUGGGCAAGUGUGUGAUAUUUCAUCUACCGUGUACUGGAGACAUCCGUUUUCACCAAUUUGCAAUCCAAGGCAAUUGGUUGAAUAUAUUGUUAUGGACAUUGAUAUUUUAAAAGAACAUGAAAAGAAAACAUUCCCGGGACAAGGUGUGGUCUCGAACAAGCAUGUGGUGGCCGAUGUAUGGGUUGUGAAAGCUAGCGAGUUGGGCUUGGACGUGAGCCCCGUGCACGCUAGGACACACUUGGGUCAUAUAUUGAAGCCUGGAGAUACUGUACUCGGCUACAACCUAAGCGAUUCCAACGUGAACGACGACAACUUCGACAAACUGGACCGCAGCCACAUACCGGACGUGUUCCUUGUGAAGAAGUUCUACGGCGAGCGGUCGGCGCGGCGCCGCGCUCGCAACUGGAAACUGAAGCACAUGGCCGAUGAGCUGCAUGACGGGACGGGGUCGUCGAACGAGGACUACAACGAGUUCCUGGACGAUCUUGAAGAGGACCCUGCGUUCAGGCAAAACAUUAAUAUAUUCAAGGAUGAAAAAUCGAUUCCAAUAGAUACCGAUGAUGAUAUCGACCCGUCUCUCCCGCGUAUCACCUUGGCUGAAAUGUUGGACGACUUGGUCAUUGAAGACGUGGAUAUGACAGAAGUUUAACCCACGUGUUUUUACAAUUUUGCUAUAAGUAAUAAAUAUUAUCUGGUUA